CCGCCCGCCGCCGACAUGCUGCAGCCCUGCGUCGGGGCGGCGCGGCUGCCGCGCAAGAGGCCGUACGUCUGCAACAUCUGCCCCAAGCACUUCGAGACGCCGUCGAAGCUCGCCCGCCACUACCUGAUCCACACCGGGCAGAAGCCCUUCGAGUGCCACGUCUGCCGCAAGACCUUCCGCCAGCUCGUGCACCUGGAGCGGCACCAGCUGACCCACAAGCUGCCCCACCAGUGCGGCGUCUGCCAGCGGCUCUUCCGCAGCCCGGCCGCCUUCCUCGAGCACCAGCGGCUGCACGGCGGGGGCCGCCAGGGCCCGGCGGAGCCGGCGGGGCCCCCCGCGCCGCCCUGCCGCCGGGCCCCGGCCCCGGAGGACCGCCGCCUGCCGCCCUGCGCCCUGCCGGACCGGCGGCACGCCCGCUGCCCCGCCCGGCGGCGGCGGAGGCCGCACGGCUGCGACGCCUGCGGCAAGGUGUUCCCGUCCCGCUCGAAGCUGGAGCGGCACCAGCUGAUCCACAGCGGGCAGAAGCCCUUCGCCUGCCCGCUGUGCGCUAAGGCCUUCCGCCAGGCCACCCACCUGAAGAUCCACCAGCUGACCCACACGGAGGAGCGCCCCUUCCGCUGCGGCCUCUGCCACAAGGGCUUCAAGGUGCAGAGCAAGCUGCUGAAGCACCGGCAGGUCCACGCCAGGAGCCGGGCCCGCCAGCCGGUCGGCCCGCUGGGGCCCAGGGCCGGCCGGGGCCGCCCGCGGCCCCCGCCGCCCGCCGGCGAGCCCCCGGACGCCCACUCCGUCUACGUCGUGCCCUUCCAGUGCGCCGGCUGCGAGCGGUCGUUCGAGUCGGAGCCGGCCCUGCGCGGGCACCGGUGCGGCCGGCCGGCGGCCGGGGGCCGCGGGGGCCCGGCGCCGCCGGACCCCGGCCCGCCGCCGGCCCCACCCCUGGACGGCCUGGACGUGGUCCCCUGGACGGUGGCGGCCCCGGCCGUCGACCCCCACGGCCGCGCCCGGGCCUGCCAGUGCGACCGCUGCGAGAAGGCCUUCCCCUCCACCUCCAAGCUGCAGCGCCACUACCUGAUCCACACGGGCCAGAAGCCCUUCGCCUGCGCCCUCUGCGGCAAGUCCUUCCGCCAGUCGGCCCACCUGAAGCGGCACCAGCUGACGCACGCGGAGCGGCGGACGUGCGACGGCCCCGCCUGCCGGCUGGCGCACGGGGAGGGGCCGCCCGGCCGGGCCGAGCGCGAGGGGGCCGCCGCCGCCGCCGCCUCCCCCGGGCCCGAAGCGGGGGCCCGGGCCCGGGAGGGGGUCAGGGUCUACCAGUGCAGCGUCUGCGCCAAGAGCUUCAAGUCCCCGUCCAAGCUGGAGCGCCAUUACCUCAUUCACGCCGGCCAGAAGCCGUUCGAGUGCUCCUCCUGCGGCAAGACCUUCCGCCAGGCGCCCCACUGGAAGCGCCACCAGCUCACCCACCUCAAGGACCGGCCCCGGCCCGACGCCGACCCCCUGCCGUGACCGGAGCCCGGCCCCGGACGCGGCGGGCGGGCGGGCGGGGA